AUGGCUAAUAAACUCAAUCCUCAUCAAAGUGUACCAAUUAAAUUAGUCAUUGUUGGCGAUGGAACUGUUGGCAAAACUUGUAUGUUAAUCUCAUUUACAAGUGAUACAUUUCCGGAAGAAUACAUCCCGACCGUUUUUGAUAAUUACACAUCGAAUAUCAUUGUUGAUAAUGUUAAAGUCUCACUUGGCUUAUGGGAUACGGCCGGUCAAGAAGAUUAUGAUCGACUUCGACCACUGUCAUAUCCUCAAACGGAUGUAUUCGUCCUUUGUUUUAGUGUAAUUAGUCCAACUUCAUUUACAAAUAUAAUCAAUAAAUGGAUGCCGGAAAUCCGACAUCAUUGCCCAGAUAAGCCAGUUAUUCUAUGUGGAACGAAAAUCGAUCUACGCGAAGAUCGAGAUUUUGUUAAUCAGUUGCAAAAGCAAAACAUCCAACCCAUUAAACGUGAACAAGGACAACGAUUAUGUAAAAAAAUUCGUGCUUUUAAAUACGUGGAAUGCUCAGCAUUGACACAAAAGGGUCUUAAACAGGUUUUUGAUGAUGCUGUUCGCGCUGUAUUAUCACCCAAAACGGCCAAAGUAUCCAAACCAUCAUGUCUUUUAUUAUAA